AUGAGUGAUACUGAAAGUAACAACGGGACAAUUAAAACGAGUAAUAAUGUUCGUCUUAAAGCAAGUAUUUGCAAUACUUGGCUUCGUAAAGGUUAUUGUCCGCGUGGAUUGGCGUGCAUUUAUGCACACGGAACUGAUGAACUUCAGGAUGGAGAAUCUGAGGAAAAGAAACAGCCAACAGUCAUUUGCAAAUAUUGGUUUACUACUGGAUGGUGUCGAAGUGGGGACUCUUGUCGUUUUCUGCAUCCACUUAAUGACAAACGAAUUCAAAAUGAUGAAAAUUUGAAAGAAAUUGAAAAUAAAGUUGUUGAUUCUUCUGCAAAUGUUAAAGAUGAGAACUCUUCUGUUCGUGGAGGGAAAAAGGUUUUUUGAAUUUUUUUGAAUAAGGAUUUUAAUUGGUUGGAAUUUUGGGAGUAAUUUAUCGUU